GUUUUGCUCUCAAUGCUCUGGUGUGAAUCAGUGAAUCAAAGGAGUCAAAUUCCAGCAGCGGACGUCACAGAAACUCAUUCACAACACGCCGCGUAACGGGACAAAGUGCGGCUGCAAUCAGGCUCUCGUCUGUUUUCUGACAACCCUGUGCCGUGGCUUCAUUUUUCCAGUGGACAAUGGAAAAACAACAACAAAACGAAACAAAGAACUUUGAAAUAUUUGCUAUGAAUUAAACAGAGGAACACAAACGCGAGCUUUCUUCGGGUUUCCCGACAUCGUUUCCCUCUCUCAGGAAACUCGCCAUUUGCUUCCCAGAGUUGGAUUUUUUGUGGAUCUGUUUUAUUCAAGCGUCGAUUAAGAUUACAUAUCUGACAACCCCGGACUUUAAGUGGAUAGCGUAAACAAACAAUUCAUAUUCUGAAGGAAAGUGAACGCGUUCGGUUCACGCGUAAAGGCGCACGCACCGCCCAUCGGCGAAUGACGCGCGCGGCGUUUUGAGUUUAACUGACCGCAACUAGUUCCGUGGAUUUACUGGUUUUAACCCGUCAUGAUGUUCGCGGGAAUGAUCAGGGUGGAAAACAGCUCAAAAACACCCAAAACUGGCACCGACUCCACGUGUCACCGCUGCGCUGUGAGGGCAGGUGGUGCGAGUCCGACCACUGCAGCGGGAAGCCAUCGCAGACGGCCGGGAUACAUGCGCUCAGAGCUGCUUAACCGGUCAUGUGACUCUGAACGAGACCGUUCCAAAACUCCCGUUUCUGGCUCGCCUACUAAUGAGAACACUCGAAAGAGCGCUUCGAAAUUACCCAGCAGCCCCAGCGAGCAAUGGCUUAAGGAUGUUUUCGAGAGAGACGACAGCCAGGAUUCUUCCAAAACGCACUGUUUGCGUGACCGUGUUGCCGAGGAAAAUUCCUCAAUGCCAUCGCGCAACGUUUUUAAUUCGAGCUUCAGUUUCAUUCAGCAGUCGCUAGAAACUAGCGAUCUAUUAGAUGCGAGCACAAACAAAUCUGUGUGUAAACAGUCUGAAUGGGACCGACUGAAGUGUGAAACGUCUGAAACGUCAAAUUCGGGUGCUUUAAAACCUCACACUGCUUUAGUAAAUCACUUGAGCCAAUCAGAGAUCAGCACUGUUCCAACUAGCCAAUCAGAACAUGAGGUUUUCUCAUUAAGCAAUUCGCCUUGCUCGAUUGGUCAGUCGGUGCAACAGAAAGGGCUGUUAUUGGACCGAGAGCUGUGGCUAGUGGAUCUAGACGUACUCUGGCAACGGGACAGACAGAUUUCGUCCUCCAUGGCGUCUUAUGCGAAAGAAAGCGUCCAGGACUCAGACUCUGGCUCUCUGGACACUGAAGUCACGUCCUCGCUCUCGAUUGACUCGUCAGACUCGACCUUGGCCUCAUCGGUCACGUCUGGCUACGACAGUGCAACCCCGUCCUCAGAUCAGAGUCGGGAUGGCCUGAUAAAGAAGUACGAGGAUGUUCUGCAAGACUGUCUUCAGAGCAAUCGCACAAACACCAAGAUCAAGUCCAUAAUGAUGAAGCUUCAGAGAUUACAGCACAAAGCGGUUCUGGAUGACGACUAUGACACAGCUGAGCGUUUUGGUAAGAAACUAGAGGAACUGAGGAGAGAGCGAGCCACGCUCAAGCCUGGUUUGCCGUCCAGACAUCCGGAGCUCACUGGAUUUCUGCAGCGUCUCAGGACGGCCGUUCACAGCGUCAUCCACAGGACAGACACACACUGCAGGCAAAAUGGUGAAUUGAGUGACGAUCAGGGAUCAGGCAGCUCUCAGAGUCAACCUCGAACACGAGAGAAGCUGUUAGAGGAAAAACAGAGGAUUCAGAAGGAGAUGUGUGGUCUUCAGCGGAGGCUGGAGGAGCUGCGGGAGCAGAGCAGAGCUUUGGAGGAGCAGCUGGAGCUGGAGGAGCCCGUCCUGAGAGCCUGCGAUUCGACUCAGCUGCGGCUGAUGGGUCAAGUGCUGGAGGACAUGAUCACCUCUGAACACCGGGCCCAGAUCAGCGUGUCUCCACCCGCGGAGAUCGUCAGACUUCAGGAGCAAGAACGAGCGCUGAGUUUAUCUGUCAAAGAGGCAACAGCUAAAGUGGUGAUGGGUCAGAGACUGGGCUCUAGUCUGCGCCGGAAGGUCAGCGAGAGUGAAGCACAGCUGCUGUCCCUUCAUGAGGCGAAGCUCGUGGCCAUCUCAGGAAAUGACUUCAGCAGCGCGAAGGAACUGAAGGCAGAAAUCAGGAGCGUGUACGGCGAGAGAGAUCGUCUGGAGGGGCUGAAGAGGAAGCUGCAGGCACUGAGCACAGGAAGUGGACGGGAUCUGAGCCGCAUGAAGGAGCAACACAACCAGAUCAAACUGGAGCUGCAGGAGAGAGAAGCCCAGUACGAGCGCAGUUUAAAGGAGAGCACUCUGAAGUAUAUUGAGCUUCUGGAGGACAGACUUCACAGCUGUGGAAGUCCAGUGCUGGAACACAUUUGGGAGGCUGAUUUGGAGGCUUGUCAUCUGCUCUUGAAAGGCCUCGAUCAGCGUACAUCCAGCAUCUCCGAAACUGAGGAUCUGCCCUCCGUCCCUGGAUCGGCUUCCGAUGUCCUGCUGUUCAGUAAAGAGGAAGCGGACUGCGCCAUGUUGACCGCUCUAGGGGGCCGCUGGUGUCCCGAGGCCGACCUCCAACACUCAGAGUUCACUAAGAAAUUAGAGGAGUUUCUCUUCUGUUUGGAGGACGCGUCUCCUGAGGAUCUGUGUGAAGAGACGACAGAGCUGACGGAGCACUGUGAACUCAUCAGUGAGCGACUGCAUUACCUGGAAGACCAGCUUCAGACCGCCAUAGACCACCACGACAAGGACCUCACUCUAUCUUUAGAGAAAGAGUUUCAUGAAGUGAAGGCUGCUCUUCAAGCGAUGCUGUCACAGCUGAAGGAGGAGGAGGAAGAGGAUGAAGAGAAGUAUUGUGAUGUAGAAGAAGAACAGGUUGAAGAUGAAGAACUAGAAGAGGAGCAUUACUUUAGUGACAGCUGGGAAAUCUGAACAGACUCGUGAUUUAUAUUUAGGUGCCUGUGAAAGUCUGUUUUCAUACUGUCAUCUUGCACUGAGCUCUAGCACUUAAAGAGAAUAGUUCAUCUUUUUCUACUUUCAUCUACUUGCCCACAUGUCAUUUCAAAAGCAUUUGCCCUAUGUUUACUCUAUGCUACGUUUUAGUCUUUUGUUGAGGUUGCCAGUACAAACCACUAUCCACUAGGGCUGUAAAAAAAAAAAUUCGAAUUUCGAAUAUUCGCCGAAUAAACAAAAAAAAAACA